UUUUAAAACAUAAUCAACCAUGGAUAAUAAGAAGACCGAGACAAGGAUAAAAGCAGGAGGGAAAUAUGAAGAAGGCGACAAAAAACAAUCAGAGAAUUUUUACACUCGAGUAUAUGAUGAUGCUAUUGCUAAGAAGACGCCACUUGAUAACACCAUUAUCGAACAGAUAUGUGAGGUCGGGGGAGGUCGCGUGGAGAGCGUGGCGCGGGUGUACAGUACGGGGGGUGAAGGUGCGGCCUCACACCACACUGCCUACAACGCCGCCCUCACUACCAUCCACCACCAGCGCCAGAGAGCACACAGCCGCUACGCCACUCUGGUCCACGACAUACUGAUACACGAGUCCGACCUUCAGGCUCAAGAGGCGCGAAGGGAAGAUGGAGAGAAGCUCCUAAAGCGUCAGGAGGAGGAAGAAGACACGCAGGAGCAGGAAGUGGAACGUCUACAGCAGCUGAUCCACACCACACGGAGGACUACUGCUGCCACCACCGCCAAGGUCGCCACUUACUCCACAUACAAGGGACAGCCACGGUCACGGGCGUGUGUGGCCCACUUCCAGUGA